UAGUCUGGCAUAUAAGAGCAGCUAAGAGGUCACUCUCAUAAGAAGAGUUGACCACCUGUUCCAGCUCCUAUUGGUCUAGUUGCAGCCAAGUCUCGUCUCUCUUACAAACCAAACUAAAUAUAAAGAAAUUCUAGACAAGGAAUUAGGCGGCAUAUUUUAUAUGUGAUCUUAGUUUUUUUGUUUUUAAUUAUUUGUUUGAAGCUUUGAAAGCUUCUUUUGCUCUUUCAAUCACUGCAAUAUCCUUUAUUUAGAUUAUCGGUGGUUGUUGAUUACUCUCAAUAAAACAUUUUUUCUAUCACAUAGAUGAGCACAAGCCAAACAUGAGAGCAGAUGAGUCUGGUAUAAAGAAUUGCUUCAAGCCUUUAUUUGCUUAAUGGUUUGGCGCUAAUUUCUUCAUUCAUCUUCGUACCUUCUGCCGAAAGACCCUAGAUAUCAGAGAACUUGAAGUAUGGAAUUGGAUAGGUUUAUUUACCCAUUUGCUUCUGCUGUUGUCUUUGCAAUGAUUUUUUCUCAAGCAGGGGCAUUUGACCCAUUGGAUCCAAAUGGGAAUAUAACAAUCAAAUGGGAUGUUAUGUCAUGGACUCCAGAUGGUUAUGUGGCAGUGGUCACAAUUACCAACUUCCAAAUGUAUCGGCACAUAAUGAGCCCUGGGUGGACUUUGGGGUGGACAUGGGCUAAGAAAGAAAUCAUCUGGUCGAUGGUGGGAGCUCAAGCAACUGAACAAGGAGACUGUUCCAAGUUCAAAAUAAACAUUCCACACUGUUGUAAGAGGAAUCCUACAGUGGUUGACUUGCUUCCUGGAGUGCCUUACAACCAACAGAUUGCCAAUUGCUGCAAAGGUGGUGUGGUGUCAUCUUGGGGACAGGACCCUUCAACUGCAGUUUCUUCCUUUCAAUUGAGUGUUGGUCAAUCUGGUACUACCAAUAAAACAGUAAGACUGCCAAAGAACUUUACUUUGCUCGGUCCAGGGCGAGGCUACACUUGCAGCCAAGCAACAAUUGUUCAACCCUCAGUUUUUCUGUCCUCGGAUGGUCGCCGACAAACUCAAGCAAUGAUGACAUGGAAUGUGACGUGCACUUACUCGCAAAUGCUGGCUUCCCCAAGCCCAACCUGCUGCGUCUCAAUGUCAUCUUUUUAUAACUCGACAAUCACUCCUUGUCCAACAUGUGCUUGUGGUUGCCAGAACAAGAAAAAUUGUGUCAGUAGUGAUUCGAACAUUCUGAGCGUUGUGGGAGUAAACACACCACCUACACAAGACAAUACCCCAUUACUGCUGUGCACACAACACAUGUGCCCUGUCAGGGUGCAUUGGCAUGUGAAGCUCAACUACAAGGAUUACUGGCGCGUGAAGAUUUCCAUUAUCAAUUUUAACUACCUCGUGAAUUACACGCAGUGGACACUUGUUGUUCAGCAUCCAAAUCUCAACAAUCUCACUCAAGUUUUCAGCUUUGAUUACAAGCCACUCAUCCCAUACCCAUCCACAAACGACUCAGGAAUGUUUUAUGGUAUAAAAUUCUAUAAUGAUGUCCUAAUGGAAGCCGGACCAGAUGGAAAUGUGCAGUCAGAAUUGAUUCUUGAGAAGGAUACGAACACAUUCACAUUUAAUCAGGGAUGGGCUUUUCCAAGGAAAGUCUACUUCAAUGGAGAUGAAUGUAUGAUGCCACUUCCUGAUGAAUACCCAUACCUACCAAAUUCUGCCAUUGCAAAUUGGAUUUCAAUGUCAACUAUCCUGGGCGCCCUCCUGAUUCUGGAGUUAAUAGCCUUUUGGUGACCAUUGGACUAUAAAGAUAGAUGUAUUGAAGCAGGAAGAGUUGUAGUAAGUGGUUUCAAACGUUGUAUGACAAAAAUGGAAUCUUUCUUCACCAACAGGUAUGUGCCUGCAUAAUACUGUUUAGAGAAGUACAAAGGGUUGGAAGUUGUUGACAGGCUAGUGUAUCGAGAAAUCUCAUUUUGUGAAGAUCAAUAAGAGAAAAAUGUAAAAAUGAAAUGAAACUCAUACCCAAUUCUUUGAAGGAAUCUCUCUCUGCCUAUGGAUUUGAUUCAUGCCCAAUUCCUAAUCACCACCAUUAACAAGAAAUAUUAUGAUUGAACACUGAAAAA